AUGAGGACACUUUAUCUACCGCUGACAAUGAGCCAGGCGUGCAGCUGUGUGCAUGUUGCAGCUGGACUCUGCUGCGUAAUAGAAAUGCCUGGCAACUAGGAGAGAGAAUGGGGAGUGUUUUCUCUGGAGUUCAACUAUGACUGUUCUCAGGACCGUUCUGAACGACUCUGUCAUCAUUCACCCUCCAGGUUUCUACAUCAUUGGUUUUCAGACUUUUCCCUUCAUCAGUGUUUAUUUCAUCUUCCUGGCAUUUGUGUACGUGGUCACAGUGCUGUUCAAUACCUUACUGAUCUGCAUCAUUGUCUUUAACCACUGUUUGCACACUCCUAAGUUCGUGGCCGUGGUCAACCUGGCUGUGAUCGAUUUAAUCCUCAGCACGUGUCUCAUCCCCAGCAUGAUAAAGGUUUUUCUGCUGAAGGACAAUUUCAUUCCCUUUAACCUGUGCCUGGUUCAGAUGUAUAUCUACUAUGCCAUCACGACUAUGGAGUCAUAUGCACUUGCCGUACUCGCCUACGACAGGUUGGUAUCGAUUUGUUUCCCCCUGCAUCAACACUCAGUCAACACUCUGAGAGGCAUGACCUGGAUUGUGACUGUGUCGUGGUGUCUUGGUGCAGGGUUUCCCAUAUUUUCAGUGUCUAUAAUGACCCGACUGUCCUUCUGUAAUUCACUCAGAGUCUUCAGCUACUUCUGUGACUAUGCACCUGUGUUCAGACUGGCCUGUAACGACUACACUCUGCAGUGGUCUGUGGCCUCUGUGUCCUCUUUAGUUUUACUUGUUGUACCCUUUGGUUUCAUCCUACUGUCUUACAUCAGCAUCUUGGUGACGGUGUUCAGGAUGAAAUCUCUGGACAGUAGGAAGAAGGCUUUGGCCACAUGUGUGGAACAUGUUAUACUUGUUGCCAGCUUUUACCUUCCCAUUGUUAUUAUUUUUACAAUAGGGCUGUAUUUACGUUUAAUUAACCCAGACCAGCGUGUGCUCAGCCUGUCUCUGGCCUCUUGCCUCCCACCCUGCAUCAAUCCUAUUGUGUAUUCUUUGAAAACUGAAGAGAUCAAAAAGAGGAUUUUGGCACUGGCACAAAAGAGUAAAGUACGGUCACAACAACGCAAGAGCAAGUCCUGA